AUGAUAUACCCACUGCUACGGUUUACGCCAAACCUUCAAAGAGUGCGAUUCGUGCGAGUGACAAACGUCGCUGUAUUUGCAAGAUUUAACAGCGCCAAAAGCCAGAGCAACCCACUCGAAUCCUUCAAUCCAAAUGUCCCCAAAGCCAGCAUAAGGUGGUUCUAUGCCUCAGACGUACCAAUAUCGAAACCUGAAUGGUUCAAGUAUACGAAAACGAAAGAGCCUGAGUCGUUCCUUCCAUUUUCCGAGUACGACUCUAAUAGGCUAGAAAGGGCCCUCAGGAAUGGAACGAAGAAAUCCGUUGAAGUUAACGAAGACAAGUUGUUUGAAGUAAAUAUUGAGAAAUAUGAGUUGAGCCCUGUAUAUUGGGAAGGGCCAGUCUAUGAAGUUCGCCGAGGACUUUGGUUUACUAGUGACGGAAAUCCAUUACCAAAUGAAGUUAGCAAGAAGCUUGAGCAAGGGUAUGAUUCUGUCAAGCCGUACUUGUUUGAACAAAAUGGUGACAAAAAUAAGCAAAAGGGGAACAAGGACAAAAUCUCAAAGUUUAACAAAUUGCAAGCUGAAAAGGAGAGACACGAGAACAAGAUAGAUUUGAGUGGACAAAAAGAUGUCUAUAAUCUUGGGAAUGGAGAGCUCGUAUUGUACUUCAAUGAAAACAAAGCUGUCAUGUUUCCCGAUAGUUACGACUCUGGUUUCCAAAUUGAUGCUAUACGUUACUUUGGUCCCAAUCCUGUUUCAUUGCUUGGAGUUAAUCACAUUCAGCGUGGGUAUACUGAAGAGUUGAAGGAGAGUUUGUUCGACAAGCUACCCAACAACCCUUUGCCAAGUAUUGCCGAUACAUUUCAGCAAGAAUUUGGGAAUGUUUUGGGGAAGUUAAACUCUGAAACUGGCGGACCCGACAAGAUAGAAACGAAAGACGAUUCGGUUGAUAACGAUGCUGAUGAUAAGCAUAUGCAGCAAUACCUUGAAGCUGAUUACGAUUUGGACACUUCAGAAAGUACAUCCAAUAGGGAGAUUGACCAUUUGGUGUUUUGUAUUCAUGGUAUCGGCCAAGUGUUGGGGAGUAAAUAUGAAUCGGUUAAUUUCACGCACAACAUCAACGUGCUACGCAACACAAUGAGGAAAGUUUAUGAGGACAAUAAUGAGUAUCAAAAACUUGCGUAUCCUGAUGGACAAGUAGAUGGAAACAACAAUCGUAUUCAGGUCCUUCCCAUUUCAUGGAGACACCGUGUUGAUUUCGCUCCUCAAAGGACGCAACAGGAGAACAAAGAUUCACGAUUACCAACUCUUUCCCAGUUGAAUGUGGAAGGUAUUCAGGCGUUGAGGAAUAUAGUUGGUGAUGUCGUACUCGAUGUCUUGUUGUAUUAUGAGCCAAAGUAUUUGAAACAAAUUUUUACCUCAGUCAUAUCUGAAUUGAAUCGUGUUUACAAAUUGUAUUUGGAAAGAAAUCCAAAUUUCAAGGGAAAAGUGCACAUUUUGGGUCAUUCAUUGGGCUCAGCAAUUGCAUUUGACAUUCUUUCAGGACAAAGUGGAACAAUUAAAGGUCCAAUAGAUGUAACCAAGGAUCUUAGUUUCGAAGUGGAAAAUUUAUUUCUUGCAGGAUCGCCAGUAGGAAUGUUUAAACUUCUUGAAGGAAAGAACAUUGAAGCCAGAUCCUCAAAAGAUUAUGAGCCGUCAAAGGAUGCACCAGCUGUGGCACCCAAAUGCAAAAACUUGUACAAUGUGUUCCACCCUUGCGACCCAGUUGCGUACAGGAUUGAGCCCUUGGUUUCACCCAAGUUUGGUGACUUCAAACCGGUUCCCGUUAAAUUUGCUGUCAAGGGUUUCAAUAGUCAAAUCACGGAAUUGGCAAGUUAUGGUGAUGAGAUUUCUGAAAAGAUUGCAGCUGCUGUCAAAUGGCUAAAUUUUACAAAGAAGGAAAAGAAUACGAGUCCCAAAUCUGUUGAAGAAAAAGCAUCGCAAGAGAAUGCAUUGGGUGACAUUAUUUCAAGUAUUGCAUUUACGGAAAAGGAAAGUGAUCAUAGUGAUGGAAAUGACGGAGAAAAGCGUAAAUUGACGCCAAAAGAGUUAUCUAUACUCACUUCGUUGAACAAAACUGGAAGAAUAGACUACAGCUUGCCUAUGGGUGUGCUUGAUUUCAGUCUCAUAUCUGCUGUCAGCGCACAUAUCUCAUAUUUCGAAGACGAAAACACUGCUGGGUUCAUUAUGAAUGAACUUUUGUCAAAUAGGAAACCACCCAAAAGUGAAACAGUUACAUUAUAUUGA